UCAAUUAAUCAGUGACACCUGCACAAGUAAAUUCCAUAAUUUUCCUCGUAAAUGCUGACAAAAAUACAGCAGUACUUUGACUACGAAAAUUUUUCAAAACCUUAGUUUUACAAAUUGCUACUCUUAAGAAUAGAAACAGCUACAAAUACAAGGACUAAAAGCCACCACUACAAUCUUGCUUAUAAUCUUCACAGAAAGAACUUUAUCAACUCAGAUCUCUGCAUAUGCAGCCAAGGCACAGGAAGACCUUAACCAAGUUUUUUGAUCUUGCAGCUGUUUUGACACCUACUGCACCCUUAUCAGCAACCUUGCAAAACUGAAACUCUACUCUCCUUAGACUAUUACACAAACUUAAGAAUAACCUUAACAAUUAACUUUCCUUUCCAAAUUUAAAAAAAAAGCAAUGUUACUGUAUGAUUCCAUUUAAAAUUUCUUACUUCAUAUCUUACAAUAUCAAUCUAUUAUUCUAUGUACAAAAGCAAAAAUCAUACUCUGCAACAUACUCACUACCUGUACAUACCUACCUAACUAAUACACUUUUCUACCUUCUCUUUUACUUUCUUUUAAAUUCCCCACCAAGUCAGAAAACAUGCGUUGACGGCUGUUUUCGCUGUCCUGUCAACUGUCACUGCCUAUUGCUGUGCUGUGAGCAUGUGGAAAUAGCAGCGCUGGCAAUCGACGGCGUCGAUUUUAAUAUUGGUUCUAACACGGCUUUUUAAUUUUCAAAAAAGUCGUUUUGCCCUUUUCCAGCUUUUUGAGGGCGCCACCAUACUUGCUCACAGCAAAUAUAAAAAAGAAGAGGUUCAAGCUGUACUGGUGACUGCUGACAAAAAACAGAACAAAACAGAAUAGUGAAGAGUAAAAGCGAAACUCUGUCGUUCUAUAUUCUCUGCUUGUUGAUCUUGUUUUAAAUAAUUCGUGUGAAUCUGACGAUGGCUAAUCAGCGUAAAGUAAGUAACAUCUAAAAGUACUUGAUGUAAAAAAUAGAAUGUCGCGAGCUGUGAAUAACCUUGCAUUGUCGUACUUGGAAAUACCUAUAAAAACAUUUGUAAGAGAAACGUGUCAAAUCGUCAGUUGCACGCAACCGAAAAAUUCUAACCUUCAAUCAGUUCAAUUUGAAAAUAUUAAAGCACACGAAGCUUACAAUGAAAUAAUAUCACAAGAGAGUCAAACAAAACCAUUGUUACAAAGAAGUACUUUUCAGUUAACAAAUAAAAAAAAAAAUUCCAAAAUAACAAGUGCAAGUAAAGCUACAAACGAUUUAAAUACUUUGUUCAAAGCUGUAGAGUUGGGUGACAAAGAUUUUGUUUACCAAAGUUUCGACGGGCAAAAUGUUAAUAUAUCUGAUCAAUUUGGUUGGACUCCAUUGAUGUCGGCUGCUUGUUCUGGUCACAUAGUAAUAGUUGAUUUUUUACUGAAAUUGGGAGCAGAUGUAAAAAUUAGAGAUAAAUCAGGUUUGUCUGCAAUAGAUGUAGCAGUAAGAAAACAUCAUAUUGAAAUUGUAAAUUUACUUAAAUUACACUUGCAAGCAUCCAAAAGUAAUAAUUCAGAUAAAAUUGAUCAAGUUGUUGAUGAAAUUAAAAAAGUAUCAGAAGAUUUUGAGAGAUUUUAUUGUAAAAUAUGUAACACGAAUUUUGUCUCAAGUUCGAGAAGACAGCAUGACAGUUCAAUUGUCCAUAUAUUCAACUGUAAACCUAAAGUAGCAAACAUCUUUUAUGGAAUCCCUGUACAAAAUAGAGGUUAUCAAAUGCUUUUAAAUAAGGGAUGGAAUGAACAAGAUGGUUUGGGUCCAACUGGUGAAGGUCAAAAAUAUCCAGUUAAAACAGUUUUGAAAAGAGAUAGAAAAGGUUUUUCAGAAUCACACAGAAAAUUUGCUAGAGUUACUCACUUUGACUCAAAUGAUGUUAUUGCUAUAAAAUCUGUUUGUAAGAAGAGAAAAACAAGGUUAACAAAACAAAAUAAGAAAAAAGAACUGAGAAAAGAAGUUGUUAAAACUAGAGCUUGGAGACAAUUAAUGUGAUGAUAAAAGAAGAAGUGAUUAAGUACCAGAUGAACAGAAGGAAAUGCUAGAUUACUUACAAAAAAUUGAAGAAAAAGGUGUUGAGAUAGUCACUGACAGACAUGAAGUAAUUGCUCUUGAUAAAAGAAGAAACGAUGACAGAGUUGGCAUGAGAGCUUUAC